AUGCUGACUGAUGAUGAGGGAAUUGAAGAAUUAAAGGUAAAAUUUUUAAUGGUAAAAGCUGUUCCUGAGAGCCAGCAAAUUAUUGAACUGCCUUGUUCACGCCUAUCGUUAACAUUGAUUGGCCGCCGUUCGGCUGAAUAUGCCGGUACGAGGUAUUUGAAGCGCGGUGCAAAUUUCAAAGGGCAAGUGGCAAAUGAUGUUGAAACGGAACAAAUAGUCUGGGAUACUCGUUCAUCGCCGGAUUUCAAACAUGGCAAAUUUAGCGCUUUUGUGCAACGCCGAGGUUCGGUACCAUUGAUAUGGAGCCAAGAUCCGGCUACACGUGGCGUCGUUGGUAAACCAGUCAUUUCAAUUGACAUUAAUGAGCCACACGCACAAACUGCUGCUGCGCAUUUUCGCGAGUUGAAACAGAAGUACGGUAGCCCACUAAUUGUAAUGAAUUUGGUGAAAAGACGAGAGAAACGAAGGCACGAAGCUUUGCUCCACGACCAGUUUCUGAAGGCCGUGAAAUAUUUGAAUAUGUUUUUGCCACGGGCGGAACGUAUUGCGUAUUUAAGCUUCGAUGUGGCUCGCUGUCAUAAAAGCGGAAACGUUUUGAGCAAACUCGAAGAAAUUGGCUUUCGCUCCGUGAUUCGACAUGGCUGGUUUCAAUCGUUUCCGAUGCUGUAUUGUCACAGGGUAAGGCCAAAUUUGUUGCUGAAUGAUUAUGAACCGAUGUGCAGUAUGGAUGGCAGAUUCCUAUUGCAGCAUGGUAUUUCCAGGACAAAUUGUGUGGAUUGUCUAGACAGAACAAACGUUGCCCAGUUUGGAAUCGGAAAGGUAGCUCUUGGAAUUCAGUUAUAUUCGAUGGGAUUUGCUGGUGAACCAGUACUUUCUCCAGCGAGCGAAGUUUGUCGUAUGUACGAGGAUUUAGUGGAUCAGCAUGGUGACACGUUAGCAUUGCAGUAUGCCGGAUCUCAGCUUGUUCACUCCAUCAAAACUUAUAAAAAGACAUCAAUCAUACAGGCAUGCUUAUCUGAAAGAAGUCGUGAUGUUAUUCAGACCUUAUCAAGGUAUUAUAGCAAUACAUUUGGUGAUUAUGAUAAGCAGAAUGCAAUCAAUUUAUUCCUUGGCCUCUACAGACCAAAUAGUGCUGGGCCACAUUUGUGGGACUUGGGUACUGAUCAUUAUCUUCAUUUUCCCAUUAAUUUCAAAACAAAAGCAGACUAUUGUGCAUGGUUUAUUGAUUUUGAUAAUCUUGAUGACUGGGAAUAUGUAAUCGGCGAGGAUGUACACUUCUCACAAAGUGCAGGUGUGGUUUUUGCUUGA